AGACACAUUCCUAUGACUUGACUACUUCAAACUUAAUAGAAAACACUUAAACAACAACUAAUACGACUUCAGUCUCUAACUCCCAAAAGUAUGCAAAGUUGCGAAUCUGACUACGUCUUAAUUCACAAUAUGAUCUAAGACACCAAAACGGCGAUAAGUUUGGUCGUUUCAAAGUUUGUCCUCAAAUUCGUCGUUAGAGCAGGUGAGAUUAGGUUAUCUUCUCUUCUCUACUUAUCUCCUUCAUCGAAGCUACUCCAUCUUCUAUAUGGUGCCAUGGUGGAAGUAAUAUUUAUGACCGGUUUGAAAACUAUAAACCCUUCAGAGAGAAAAGGAUAAAAUUCGAAACCUUUAAGAAAAAACACUAUAAACCAAGAAAUGAUUCGCAAUCUUUUCUCAUCUCUGACUCACCGAUUCGCCUGGCGGGUUCCACUUUUCGUCUACGGCGUGACGUGGACGUUGUUUCUGACGAUCACGGUCGCGAUCAUCUCGCUGGCACCUGAAUUCGCAUUCGUCUCGGCUAUUUACCCGUCUUCUUCUUCUUCUUCGGCGGGGUUCUCACGGCGGUGCGGUUCCGACGCAGCCGUUUUGGUUCCGUUAGAUCUUCCCACGGAGAUGUUCUGUUUGCCGGCGAAUCUUUUCCGGAGGUCGAAGAUGGACCUCGUUGUGCCGCCGGUUUUUGCAGCGAUUGUUGUGGCUCUUUCCGCCGUCGUCGUACGAACUAUGGGCCUUUGGGAGGCUGAAGAAGAAACCCACUAAUUUAGGCCCAUUACUACACUAUUGACAUCGCAUAUAUUCUCGUACAUGUUAUUAUAUGUGCAUUUUUUUUUAUAACCUUGUAAUAUAUGUAUACUUCUCUUAAUAUAAUUUGGAGAAACUAUAGAUUACUAGAGGAAACUGUUAUUUUACUAGACUAAUUUUUGUGUUUAUACUUCAUUCGAUUCUCACACAAUCGAUAAUUUUUGUGGUGAUAUAUAAUAAAGAUAUGUCAAUGUAAUAACAUUAUCAAGAAAUAUAAAUUUUUGAGUUGUUGGUA